UUAACAUUUACUAUGUGCCAGUCACCGGCUAGGCCGUGGGGACCUAAGUGGGAAAAAACACACGCCCCACCAUGCCCUCGUGGAACUCACAGGCUGGUGGGGGAGGAAGACGUUAAGCAGAGAAUCUCCGGAAUAAAUUUCUGUUAUGAGUUGCUAAAAUCAUGGUGAAAUGUUGCUCGGCCAUUGGAUGUGCUUCCCGCUGUUUGCCAAAUUCCAAGAUAAAAGGACUCACAUUUCACGUAUUCCCCACAGAUGAAAGUGUCAAAAGAAAAUGGGUACUAGCAAUGAAAAGACUUGAUGUGAAUGCUGCGGGCAUUUGGGAGCCUAAAAAAGGAGAUGUGUUGUGUUCAAGGCACUUUAAGAAGACAGAUUUUGACAGAAGUUCUCCAAAUAUUAAAUUGAAACCUGGAGUCAUACCUUCUAUCUUUGAUUCUCCAUCUCACUUACAGGGGAAAAGAGAAAAGCUUCAUUGUAGAAAAAACUUCACUCUCAAAACCCUUCCAGUCACAAACCACAAUCACCAGCUUGUUGGUGCUUCCUCAUGUAUUGAAGAAUUCCAAUCCCAGUUCAUAUUUGAACAUAGCUACAGUGUAAUGGACAGCCCAAAGAAACUUAAGCAUAAAUUAGAUCAUGUGAUCAGCGAGCUAGAGGAUACCAAGAAAAGUCUGCGGAAUGUUUUAGACCGAGAAAAACGUUUCCAAAAAUCAUUGAGGAAGAAAAUCAGGGAAUUAAAGGAUGAAUGUCUCAUCAGCCAAGAAACAGCAAAUAGACUGGAAGCUUUCUGUUGGGAGUGUUGUCAGGAGAGCAUAGAACGAGACUAUUUCAUGAAAUGAUUUCAUGUUAUGUUCUACCUAAAAUUGGCAUUGGUACAGCCUUUUAGAAAAUAAUUCUCACUUACUAUCAUUGAAUAAUAUCCAUCAUUUAGAGUGCUUCCUUGGAUCUUCUGCAGCAUUAUGCAUUAUAGUUGUUAUCCAAAGACUUUUUUUGAAGACAUGCAGAGAUUUGUGCUGUUAUCGUAUUUUUGUGUGACUUGUGACAAUUAUGUUUUUAUAGACCUAAACUAGUGCCAGGUCACUAUUGUAAAGUGUUAAAAGAUAAAGUUCUGCAGGGCUAAGGAAAUGAUAUCAAAUCAGCCACAGUAAGCUGUAGUAGUAGGAACUGGAUACUUCUUCAGUGGCAUCAGAUUUUUGGCUUCAAAGGAGUACUUUUACACAUGUAUGCUUUAUGGUAAGUACGUUGAAUUGUACUUUAAAUGUAUACUAUAAAGCAGAUUCAUUUAUAACACAUGCCGAUCUUGGAUCCAAUCCAAGGUGCUCUUGUUAUCAGUAAUACUAAAAGAUCUUGUUCUAAGGCAUCGCAUAGUACUGACCCUGAGAACAGCAUAUGGUGCAGAACUUCUGGCUUUUAAAGUUGUUCAGAGCCAAGUUAAGAAGACCUCUGACAAGUUUUUCAGUACAGUACAUGAUUCCUCUCACUAGGAGCACGUUGAUGUAAACCAGCAUAGCUUUAAAAAAAAUUUUUAAGGGUCAUAAGUCUGAUUUUUAAAUGGUUAGUUAUUCUGACAGUUCUUCUGAACAUUUUGUUUCAUGACUGUUAUUUCAUCAUAAAGAUAUAUCUUCAAAAUGAAUGCCAGUACUAGCUGAAUACUUCCAAUGCUGCUUGUAUUUUGCAGAAAGUAAUAUUGCUGACAUUUUAAAAAAUACAAAAUAUAGAAGCAACCAUUUAAAAAUAAUGUUAUGGCUCUUCCAGUUGAAAUAGGAAUUGGAGGAAAGGUUGCAAUAUUUUCCUUUAAUUAGGAGAGUAGAUUACUAUCCAAGAGCUUUUAUUGAGAGAAUAGGUAAGGAAAACAGCAACUUUAGAAUAGCUUUUUACUGAAUUUACAAAAGAAUAACUCUUAGCUAUUUUCUGAUUGAUUCAAGUAUCAGAAAUUUAGGUUGUCUCCUAAUUUCUUAGGAGAAGCAACUGAAAUUGAGUCAUCAAUACUGUGGAUUAGAAUAAAAAUUUCUAGCCCUAAGCCAGAUUGUACUUUGAGGCACACGUACAUUUAUGAACCUCACUCAGAUAUCUAUGCCAGAGUAGUUAGAAUUUGAGUAUCACUUAUUUCAGUGUGUUAACUAGAAAUGAACUGCAUUUUGUGCUAAAAUGUUCAUUGCAAUUUUAUUUGUGUUAUAUUAAUAUCAGUAAGGAUAUUGUCACUUGAAUUGUUUUUAUAUUUAAGCAUUUUCUGUGUUAAUGCAUGUUAUAUUUUUAUGUAGGAUUCCAAACCUUCCCUCUAAAUGGGAUUUUACCCACAUUUGAGAGGUCAGCAUUAUCCUAAGAAGAAAUCACUGAGGUCAUAUCUUUUUACUGCCUUGAAAAACAAAUCUUCUUAGCUACCCCUUAUUUAUUUCAGUUAUUUCAAAUUCAUAAUGGACAUUCUAAUGGGAAUUUGGAUAUGGUCUUACGUUUUAUGGAGAUUCUGUGAUAGAGAUGGAGACUUUUUCCCUCAUGUUUUUUUUGAGUAUAAAUAUUCAAGUCAGUGGACGGUAGAGAAAAGUAAGAGGAUAUAUCCAAUUCUAUGGAUCCAGUGUCUAGAUUCUAUUGUCCAGUGUCUGAUUCUAGCUCUCCGUUGGCUGUUUAGAA